UUACAACUGGUCGCUUCCUGUUUGUCAACUUUACAGCCUAAUACUUUAAUUUAAUAACAGAAUAAAUUGUGGAAAAGUCUAGCCGUUUAUUCAUAUCUACAAAUAACGCAAAUAACUUACAUUACAACAUCAGCACCGAAGUCUUGAUUUUAAAAGAUGCCUAGGCAAAGUGAAGGUGUUUCUGUCAAGGUUUGCUUCAGGGGUACGGAUCGUUAUGUAACAGUCCCAGACAACAUCAACGUUCAACAGUUCAAAAGUAUGAUCUUAUUCACGUUGCCUAAAGAUGAAACCCCUGAUGACUUCGGGGUGUGUCUAAAGUUCUGCGACGGUGAAGUAAGAUUACUUGGUGAUGACGAGAAGUUUGGGGAUCUACUUGUCCGAUGUAAAAAAAUUACUUUUAUUUCAAGAAAAGGUGAGACUAAACCAAGUGCUUCAACUAGCCAGGACAUCCGAUCACCUUCUAAGGUUAAACAACAAAAUAAAUUAGGCAGUUCAUGGUUUGAUAACCUCCCUUCAUCAACCCAAACCAAAGAGAUCACAGAAAAAGAUGCAGCGUUACUGUCCCUGUGUAUUGAACAUCACUGGAGGCAGAUUUUAAUCCAACUUGAUUUUACUGCCGCAGAGAUCGAUAACGAAUUUUACAAUUCUGAGUUCAAUGUGAGCGACACUAUAACAAAGCUGCUGAUCCGAUGGCAUCAGAAGCACACAAGAAAGGCCAACUACCUAGCAUUUGUUGAUGUUUUGAAAAGAUUUGAAAAACUUGGGAGUUCUGUCCCCUGGGAGAAGCUGCAAGUUGCCAUGCUAGGGGAGGCAAGUUAGGAUGAAUUUUUAAAAAACCUAGCAAACAUUUAAAUCCCUGUGUUCAUGUUAAAAAAAAAGUAAAUAAAUAACAGCUAACACAUUUUAGUUUACCUUAAAGCCACUGUGAUGAGCUUAAAUUAUGAUGUAUGGCUUAAACAAUGUAAAUCAGCUUUAAACUGUACUUAUGUGCUUAAAAGAAAAUGUGUUAAAAAAUUGUGAUGAUGUGCUAAUAAGUUCAAACACUGCCAAUAAUAUAAAAGUAGAUGGUGAAAUAAAACUUAGCCAUGCAGCACUGGAGAUGGUGUUGGCAUAAGUUUGUCUUAGUUAGAGGGCAUAGUCCUCCCUAAUUAUAUUUCAUGUCUCAUAAAUUGCUCUAAGUGGACCUUAUUUCCAAAAGGCAUUACUAAAAUAAUCAAACUAUUUAUUAUUGAAAGGAUUCUAUUUAUGACAGUAAAUACAGCCACACAGCCAAAUAUUAAGCCCCUUUGCCAGAAUCUCAAGGUUGUCUCCCUUGCCAUAACCCUUAUAUCAUGGUUGUUAUCACCUUUGUCAACUUGCCAUCCUACCCUAGCCAAUGUGGUAAAUGUUUACAUAUGUUUUCAUACAGUCUCUUAAAAUCAAAAUUUAUUUUAUACAUAAACAUA